AAAGCCUGUAGAUUUAGCAGACUUACUGUUCUCCCUUAUCUUUUAGUCCCCGAUCUCCGUCGCCUCUUCCGUGACCGGGCAAACGUCAUGGUGGGCAGCAACGAGCAGCGCGAGAUGCAGAGGGUCGCGGUGAUCACCGGAGCCAACAAGGGGAUCGGCCUCGAGAUCGCCCGGCAGCUGGCGCUCCAUGGCGUCACCGUGGUGCUCACGGCGAGGGACGAGAAGAGAGGCGCCGGCGCGGUGGAGUCGCUCCGCGGGAGCCACCAAAUCCCCAACGUCGUGUUUCACCAGCUCGAUGUUCGAGACGAAUCGAGCGUCGGAGCGUUGGCCGAGUUCGUCCGAACCCAGUUCGGGAAGCUCGACAUCUUGGUGAACAAUGCAGGGGCGUCAGGGAUUUCGGUUGAUGUCGAAGGACUGAAAUCUCUCGGCAUCGAUCCAGAGGCCUGGCUCUCCGGGAAAGCUACCAACCUCGUCCAGGGAGUGCUGCGCCAGACCUACGACGGCGCAGUGACGUGCUUCGACACCAACUACUACGGCUGUAAGCGAGUGACGGAGGCGCUCCUUCCUCUGCUGGAGCUCUCAACCUCGGGCGCCAGGAUCGUUAACAUCUCCUCUCUUAGAUCCGAGCUCAGGAGGAUGCCGAGCGAGAGCAUCAGAGAGGAGCUGACCGACAUCGACAACUUGACGGAGGAGAAGAUAGAAGGCCUGCUGCGGAGGUUCCUGGAGGACCUCAAGGAAGGGAGGCUGGAAGCGACUGGGUGGCCGAUGAUGUUGCCGUCCUACAGCAUGUCGAAGACGGUGCUCAAUGCCUACACGCGGGUUCUGGCGAGGAGGCACCCCAGCAUGCUCAUCAACUGCGUCCACCCGGGCUACGUGAAGACGGACAUUAACUGGAACACCGGGGUCAUCACCACCGAGGAGGGAGCCAAAGGGCCAGUGAUGCUGGCUCUGCUGCCCGCCGACGGCCCGACCGGGUGCUACUUCGAUCAGACCACGAAAGCCGAGUUCUGAUGGGCUCUCUGCUUCUUGUGUUUUGCUAGUUUGUGUCCUCGGGCAUGCCAUGCAGAUAACGUGUAUGUUGCUUGGUCAGGUUCACACAUUAUGGGAAUGGAUGCAUCAAUUCUACCAAAAAAAAGACAACAACUGAGACAUUCAUCUUGAUACAAUUGUAA